AUUUUACACUGAACGCGGCUUAAGAUACCAAACCCCAAUCACUAUAAAUACCUCACUGAGCCCUUUCAUUUUACUUCAUCAAACUCCAAAACAAUGGUUUCUCUCAAAGCUCUCUCAACUGUCUUUUUUCUUAUACUCGGCGUUGGCAUUUGCUACGCCACUAGCCGGAAUCUCUUAACAUACGGGGAUAUGCCCGCUGGCCAUGGUGGUGGCGGUGGAGGACAUGGUGGUGGUGAAGGUUAUGGAGGAGUGAGUGGUGGUGGUUAUGGGGGCGGUAGUGGAGAAGGUGGUGGUGGUGGAUAUGGAGGAGCUGAAGGUUAUGCAGGUGGCGGUGGUGGUGGUCACGGUGGUGGCGGUGGUGGAGCUUCUUCUUCUGGUGGAUACGGUAGCGGAGGUGGAGAAGGAGGUGGUGGCGGUUACGGUGGAGCAACUGGUGGAUAUGGUGGUCAUGCUGGUGGUGGUGGUCAGGGUGGAGGGGGUGGUGGAGCUUCUUCUUCCGGUGGGUAUGCUAGUGGAGGAGGAGAAGGCGGAGGUGGAGGUUAUGGUGGAGCAGCUGGUGGUUAUGGUGGUCAUGCUGGUGGCGGCGGUGGAGGUAGUGGUGGUGGUGGUGGAGCUGCUUAUGGCGGUGGAGGAGAUCAUGCUAGUGGUUAUGGAAGUGGUGGUGGUGAAGGAGCUGGUGGUGCAAUUGGUGGUCAUGCUGGUGGGGGAGGUGGUGGCAGUGGAGGCGGCGGAGGAUCGGCUUAUGGUGGUGGAGGUGAGCAUGCUAGUGGUUACGGAAGUGGAGCUGGUGAAGGUGGCGGCGCGGGUGGAGGUGAGUAUGGAGGUGGAGCUGGAGGUGGAGGCGGACAUGGAGGUGGUGGAGGAUCAGCAGGUGGAGGGUCUUAUGGUGGUGGUGCUUAUGGAGGCGGUGAAGGAGGAGGAGCUGGAGGUGGAUCAGGAGCCGGAGGGUAUGGAGGUGGUGGCGGUGGAGGGAGUGGUGGAGGAGGAGCUUACGGGGGAGGUGGAGCACAUGGAGGUGGUUAUGGAAGUGGUGGUGGUUAUGGUGGUGCAGCAGGUGGAUAUGGAAGUGGUGGUGGAGGCGGUCACGGUGGUGGUGGUGGUUCAGGCGGUGGAGGCUAUGCCCCAUGAAGAAACCAUGCCCCAUGAAGAAACCAACUCAAGAUAUAACCAAAAAAGAAAGAGGCUGGAAAUAAAAGAUGAUUGUGGAGACAGGGGUAUACAAAUUAAAAUGCCUUGGUUGAAAACAUUUUAUAUCCAUUAUUGAACGUUGUAUUUCCUGAUAAUUAAAUAUUUUUAUUAUCUUUACUAUUUUAUCAUUAAAAACAUUAGUUUAUAUAAAGUAAUGUUUUAUA